AUGGGUUCUGAAUGGUCAGUAGUACUGAGCAUCAGACUUCUCUUUCUUCACUUUCUUCUUCUAUGGCAACUUGGCAUUGGGGCUACUUUCAGCAAUGGCACCAAAGCUACCUCUAAUAAUGUUACGUCCACAGGUGGUGCUCUUAUGGAUGUUGAAGCUAAACGCCUACAGCGGUCACGAAUGAUGAAAUUGAGGGACCUUUCCAGAAAUAUGUUGAACGGAUCCAUACCUUCAAGCCUUACAAAGUUGCAUAGUCUGAAAGUUCUCAAUCUCUCCGAAAAUGAUCUUAACGGUGCCAUACCUCAGAAUCUGACGGGUUGGCAAUUGCUUGGCAUUUUGGAUAUUUCAAGGAAUAAAUUGACUGGACCUAUACCAGACAGCAUAAGUGAUUGUCAAAACUUGAUUAUCAUCACUCUCCGCUUAAACUUCCUCAGUGGAUCUAUACCUGAGGCAUUAGGCACACUCUCUUCACUAAAUAUUCUGGAUCUUUACAGUAACUCUUUAUCGGGCCAUAUUCCUGCGGCAUUAGGACAACUGUCUGUACUCCAGUUUUUGAAUCUGGAUGACAAUAAUCUCGAAGGCGAACUUCCUAUGGAGCUUGGAGAUUUGGAAAACCUUCAACAUCUUGCGGUGGGUGGAAACAAUUUGUCCGGUCGGAUACCUAGUUAUAUUGGAAAAUGGGUCAACCUCACUAAAUUGAUUCUUAUGGGCAAUAAUUUUGAAGGGAAUCUGCCUGCAGAAACUUUUACUCUGCCAAAUUUACAGAGAUUGUAUGUGCAUUCCGGUUUGUCAGUGACGGUUCUGAGAAAUUGCAAAAUCAAUGGUUCAAUACCCCAAUACAUUGGCAAGUGGCCUCAAUUAUCAUAUCUUGAUUUGAGCUUCAACAAACUAACUGGCCGCAUUCCGGAAUCAUUUCAGACCCUGAAUAAGUUGUAUGUGUAUAAGUUGUUCUAUAUACAACAUAACGAGCUGCUGAGAGGCUUAUCUGGACUCCUCUUGCAAAAAAACCAAUUUAAGCCCAAAUUCUUUAGAAGAAUGGGAUUAAAAACCAUGACCCCUUCGCAAAUGCAAGGGAUCAUAGCUAAUAAUUCCUUGUUUAUCAAUUGUGGUGGUGAGGAGGUUAACUUGGGAAAGGAUCAUUAUUAUAAAGAUACCUCAAUAUCAAGUUUUCACCAAAGUACAUCCGAAGAUUGGGCUUAUAGCUUUUCUGGGGACUACCUGUGGUCAACAACUAAAGUCAGUAUUGUAGUAAGAAACUCGACAUGUAAAGUUUGUACUCCAGAGAAAAAAAUAGACAACGAUUUUCGCCUUGCUCCUGUCUCUCUAACGUAUUAUGGGCUCUGCUUGCGUAAAGGCAAGUACAUUGUGACACUUCAUUUUGCUGAAACAUUGUACUCAAAGGGUGAAGAUUACAGCAUAUCAGGGAAACGUGUGUUUGAUGUAUAUAUUCAGGGACGGAUGGUGAGGAAAGAUCUCAACAUAAAGGAAAUCCCUGGGCCACAAAAUGAAGUAAGAAAGCUAAAAUUCCCAGCUAAAAUAAACAAUGGUUCCUUGGAGAUCCAGCUUUUCUGGGCUGGCAAAGGAUCUCUGUACAAUCCACCAGCUAUCAAUGGACCUCUCAUAGCAGCCAUUUCUGUCACUCGUGGUAGGAGGCGACUCUUCCCUUUUCUUCUCCAGAAAACUACAUCCUUGGGAAAUCGCGUUGAUUACAGUAGGCUGUUUUUUGUUUCUGCUGUUGUUGUUGGCGUUCAUAUGGAGAAUGGGAUGGAUAGGACAAAGAAAAUUGCGCAGUGUGGUGGUGUUGUUUUUGUUGGCCAGGUAUCAAGAAUUGUGAGAGUGCCGCUUGAAAAUGUACCUUUGAGGCUUGAGCAAUGGAUGUCUCUAAAAGUUUCGAGGAGGUUGAAGAAGGCAAUCUCGCCUAUAACAUGCAUCUUCUUAGUCUCCAACAUGUAUCGUUGGGGACUUUUUAGCGACACUUAUCGGUUGAAAAACAUAAAGGUUGAUAGAAAGGAAAAGGAGAAGAUAAGAGCUGAAGAAGGAACUGUGUAA